AUUCUCAUGGGAGUUAGUAACUAUUGUGUGCCCAUGGGCACACCAUAGAAAAUUCGAUUAAAUAAAAUAAAACAUUUCACUUCUCUCCGUGUUGAUUCAGUUGUAGUUUUAUCAACACAUAGUCACCGACACAUUUGACUCCUAGUUGUGCAAAGCUCAACACAAACCAGUAGAUCUGAUCUGGGUAUUACAAGGGUGUUUUGAUCAAAAUGUCUCGGCGAAGUGGUUCGAGUGGUACAUGGGUGAGGAGCUGUUUGGUUGUGUUUGCCACUGUUUCUGCUCUCUGUGUUUGUGGGCCUGCUCUUUAUUCCAAGUUCAAGAAAGAUAGUCUCUCUUUUAGAGGACCUGCUUCUGCUUGUCCUGUUUGUGAUUGUCAUUGCCCUCCUCCUCUCUCUCUCCUCAAGAUUGCUCCUGGUCUGGUUAAUCUAUCUGUUCCAGAUUGUGGGAAGAAUGAUCCUGAACUAAAUGAAGAGAUGCAGAAACAAUUUGUUGACCUUCUAACUGAGGAGUUGAAGCUACAAGAACUUGUUGGUGAGGAGAACAUGCACCAUAUGAAUAUUACAUUUGGAGAGGCACGAAGGCUCGCUUCACAGUAUCAAAAGGAAGCUGAGAAGUGCAACACUGCCACAGAAACCUGCGAGCAGGCCCGGGAGCGGUCACAGGCACUGCUAACAAAAGAGAAGAAAGUGACUUCUAUGUGGGAAAAACGAGCUCGUCAACUUGGCUGGGAAUGAAAUCAGUUCUCAAGCUUAUGCAGUCUUGGUACUUUUCCCCACAUCGUUUUCUUAUCGUUGAAGAUGAAGUUUUAUCACGCUAUAGUCAAAUUAUUAGGUGAGCAAAAACGCUCAAAGAUGUGUAGCCUUGUAUCAACUAGUAUACCUCUGUUCCGUUUUCUUGAUUUUGGCCCGCUUUUAUGCUACGAUAUACAUGACAUUUUAAUAUGAUCUAUAUAUAUUCAAUAUAUUCUUGAAA